GCAGACACCAUUUUAGCUGCCAAAUUGCUUCUGGAAAAUUUCUCAAUCUUCUGUUCUUCAUGUUCUAUCUGCCAUUUCAGCCUCUCAUCUUCUCGAUCUAAUCGACCCUCUGCUGUUACACCCUCUAACUCACUCUCCAGUGCUGCUGCGGUAGGAACGGGUCGGAUAUAUUCUUGCUUGAAAUUCGAUUUUCCGAGUUCUAGUUCUUGAACUCCAGGAAUGGUAUUAUCUUCCUCUAUUGUUGGGCCAAAGGUAUUUCCCUUAGCAGUUUCGUUUCCAAAUUCAAAUGCAUUUUCUUUCAGACAUUUUCACAUACAUGCGGAAGGCAAUAUUCCAGCGAAGAUUUUACCCACCAAUUUGUCCUUUGGGCUCGGCAAGACCCGUCUGUGUUCUUCCCUGUCAUUGAAGACUCCAUCAGAGCGCUUUUCUUCGUUUCCAUUGAACUGUACUGGUUCGCACUCAGUUGCAAAGACAGGAUCUGAGAACCCUUUCUUGAAUAGCCUUAAAAAUGUCUCUGUGGAAUCCAUAAAAUCAAGACUUUCCCAACUGACCCCCCUUGACCUGUGCAAGUGGUCUCUGGUGUUUUCAUUGGCAAUUGCAGCUUCAAGAUGGACCGUGGGCGCGCUCGUGAACCCAUUCUUCUGGAUGUACUUAAGCUGGUCUUGGGUGUUCUGGCCUUGGAUGGUGGCAAUUGGAAUUGCCAUGUAUGGGUUUUAUUGCCUCAGAAAGCAUUUGCGCGGCGAAGCCAAGGAGUUUGAACAACUUGCCAUUGUCACCGCGGCUUUCACUUGGCUAACAUUAGUCCCACCUGCUCACUUCAAUGGCUUUCUUGAGGGAUGGCCGGUUGUGUUCUUUUUCGUGUACCAUUAUUUCUUUUUCCUCAAUGUGAGUGUUAGGAAGCGGCUUUAUGGCGACUUGUUCCCAAGAGAGCAUGAUCCCAAGUGGGACAUUAGCCUUCCCAAUUGGCAGAAGCUUUUGUUCUGUGGUGGUGUUCUUCUUGGGCAUUGGCUUGCAGCUUUUGAAGGACCAGAGUUGCACCUCAUUCCUAGUGGGUGGUGGAUCAAUGCAGGCACGUGGGCUUUGAUCACGGCGACGAUAUUCAUGCAGUAUCAUUCAACUCUGUACUUGGCCAAUUACUCCGAGAAGGUAGUGGUCCCCACCGCGGUCGUGCAGUUUGGCCCUUACCGCAUCGUUCGUCAUCCCAUCUAUGCGUCAACCAUGUUCUUGUUCGCUCUGUUUUGCAUCACUUUGAGGGCUCCUCUGAGCACUCUCUUUGUCAUCGCGGUUUGCCUGAUGUACUAUGGCCAAAAGGCCAAACUGGAGGAAGCCUUGAUGAUUGGGACAUUUGGCGAGAGAUACUUGGAGUAUGCCGGGAAAGUUAAGUAUAGACUCAUCCCCUUUGUUUAUUAGUUUGAGAUGACUUGAUUAACCUCUUGUUGGACCUUUUUAUGUGCAAGAUGGUUCAUGAUGCUCCAGAGAACAUUGUACUUCUGGUUUAUGUGAUUUCCAAUAUACAUUCAUUCUAAUGGUUUUAUCCCUUUUCUUUCUCCCGCAUUGCUACAUCACAAGCUGCAGCUUAGUGAAUUUGA